UCGUCGAAACGAAAUCACUUUAUUUAUCUUUGAAUUUGUUGAAGUUAUUUAAAAAUAUGGAAAAGUCUUUUUUAUUUUGUGCAGUGAUCGUAACAUUAAAAUGUGCGGUGUUUGGGGCAGCAGCUGACGAAGAUAGAGUCCAGACAAACAGUGUGCGCUUCAGUCGUAUUGAAGAAACUUUACAAAAAUUGGAAACAGAAAAUAGAAAUCUGCACAAUGUAGUUGCAAAACUCGAAGCAACAGUUCAGACACAGAAAAUUAAACUAGAAGAACUGAAUGAAAUUCAAAAAAGUGUAUCAGUCCAACAAGAGGAAAUUAACGAACUAAAACAUUCAUGUCGUGGAAAGACAAUACGUACAGAAAUGGCACACGAAGAGUCGGAAAUCAGAAACGGAACGAAUCAUGAUUCCAUGCUUUUGGACAAAUCUGUAGAAGGGUCUUUUAACAAUGAAAGAAGGGAGAAAAGUGGAAACAAAAAAAAUCAUCGUGCUUCUAGAUUACUGGCAGGUGGUAUCCAGUCACCAAUAGACACAAACGACGUAGCGUUUUAUGCGUACAUGAGCAAAACCGAGGCUAUAGUUCCACAUCAUACCCUUAUUUUUGAUCACGUUGAAACAAACAUUGGACAGGCUUAUAGCCAACACAGUGGCGCGUUCACCGUACCAAUCAAUGGUGUAUAUAUUCUUUCGUACACUGUUUUUCCUAAUGGCGCAAGAAAUUAUGCCUCCGUAGAACUCACAGUAAACAGCAUGCCACGUGGUACGAUAUUCAUUGACAGCCAGACGUCAAACAACGAUUUUACCGGCUGCACAGGUUUUGCAGUGCUGGCUUUAAAACAAGGGGAUGUCUGCUUUGUGCGUUUAAAUCCUACAUACCAAUCAAUCGGUAGCAUAGCAAGCUCUUCUAUUAUGCGUUCGUCUUUCUCAGGUAUUAAAGUGUGAUUUUUGGUUGACGCUUAAUUGAAAAGGACGUCUAUUUGUUGUGAUA